CCACUAAAUAAUUUUUUUUAUUUAUUACACACUUUGGGAUAUCAAAAAUGUUGGCUUUUAUAAAUAAAAACAAAAAUGACUUAAUUUAUUUAGGACUUUUACUAUUCAGUGUUUUUAUAGGGAGAUAUUAUAGAAGUAUAGGAUCAGUGAAUGCUAAGAAAUGGAUUGGUUCAAUAAUUGGACUACUUCUAAUAGUAACUGCAUCUGGUUACAAUGCUAUUCAUCCAAUAUUUUCAGCACUUCUUGGAAUAACAGUUAUUAAAUUGGCAACUGUAAGAUACUGCCAUGUAGCAACAUUCUUUCUGAUGUUUGGAUAUUUGUUUUUCUUCCGAUUAGCAGAUAAAUUUGGUUUACCGUUGUCAUCGGGACAAACUAAUUUGAUAGAAAUGAUAAUUGUGUUAAGAGUUGUUGGAGUAGCAUUUGAAAUAAAUGGAUCUUGGAUAACUGUUGGAAAAACAAAGAAGCAAGAUGAUAAUUCUCAAGUUAAAGGUGUUGAUAGAGAUGAUGAUUUUGUUGAAAUAAUAAAUCCAUGUUAUGCUGAUUUAUUUCAUUACACUUUUAACUAUGUUGGGUUAUUAACAGGUCCAUACUAUAGAUAUAGGACUUUUGAUGAUUACUUUCAUCUGCCCUUUAGCAAAUAUGUAGACUGCACCGGUUUCACAAUCAAUACAUUGAAGAUAGUUCCGUUAUAUGUUUCUCUAUAUUUAGCACUCUCUAACCUUUGGCCUUUAGAGUAUGUUCUGAGUGAAGAUCACAACAACAGAAACUUCUUAUACAGAAUGUUGUAUCCCUGGGCAUUGUUUGCUGCAUUUAGACAGAGAGUUUAUUCUGGCAUGACUUUAGCUGAGAGUGUGUGCACGUCAGCUGGUUUAGGAGCUUAUCCUAUACAAGGGAGGAAUAGAACUGGUCAUGGACCAACUGUAGGGUAUUUGAAGCUUAAAGCAAUGAAUGAGUUGGAAGCAAAAUCAGCUCAAUAUGAUUUCAACACUGUAGAAUCAAUGGAUGUGUGGGGUUGUGAAACCGUAGUUACUCUACGGGACUCUAUGAAAGUCUGGAAUAAAGCUGUGCAGUACUGGGUGGCUAUGGUUGUCUACAAGAGGUUUCCUGUAAAACCACUCAAGAUCCAUGCAGCUUUAUUUGUGUCUGUGAUUUGGCAUGGCUACCAUGCUGGUUACUUCUUUUGCAUUUAUUUCUGUCCAUUUUAUUUGAUGGCAGAAGAUAUUUAUUACAAACUUUAUUACAAAGAUUCUACAGGAAUGAAAAAGAAAGUUAUCGGCUUCAUAAUGUGGUUCUUACGAUCUCAUUCAGAAUCUUAUCAGGCCGCUGCAUUUUUGUUAUUAACAUUUGAUCGCAUUUGGAUUUAUUAUUCCUCUGUAUACCAUUAUUGGUACGGCGUUUGGUUCGCGUUCCUAAUACUUGGUAUAUUACUUAACCAAGUACAUAAGAUUGGAAAACACAAGAAAAUAGAGGAUACGAAAGAAAAAAUUGAAACUGUGAAACAAUAAUGUCUAGGAUUUUUUUU